AUGUAUGGAAUGCACUCAAAUUCCCACUUCACUGAGCUGCCGAAGGCAAUUGAGGUCACUGUGUCAGUGCUGGUGGUGUACCCUGCAGAAAACCCUGUCUUCCAGAGAGCUGUGCUAGCUUUUGCUGAGUUCCUCCAGUGGCAUGGUGGCUGCCAGGUGGCUAUCGACAUGUGGCAGCGUGGCAGGCUGGCAGAGCAGGGCCCGAUGCGCUGGCUAGCAGAUCAAGCCAAAUCCGUAGCCAGGGUGAUGGUUGUAAGCCCGCAGCCCAACCACUGCCACACUGGCCCAGGGGAACACACAGUACCAGCCGCGGCUCAUGACCUGUUUCCUCUGGUGCUCAACAUGGUGGCAAGCCACACUCAAAGCCCCAACGAGCUGGCCAAGUUCUGGUUGGUGCACCUAGGCACGGCCCCGGAGAGGAGCGGCAUACCUGUGGAAUUGACAUCCUGUAGGGAAUUUAGUCUGAACAGGGACUUGGAGAAACUGUGUAGACACUUGCAUCAGCAGGGCUCCAAAAGACCAGGGUUAAUGUUCAGAUCAGGGUUGGCCUAUGGGGAGAAGGCGACAGGGAAGCUAAAGGAGGCUGUGCAGCAGUUAGAGGCAUGGCAAUGCUCUCAGCCAGGAGGUGCAGGGGAGGCAGCUCCUUUGACCAAAUUGAUGGCUAGACUGUAAGAACCUGAUGAUGCUGGUGUGAUGACAAACCCAGAGCUCUUUGACCACUUGUAAAGCAAUGGGACUGCAAAA